AUGGAACCCACCCAGGAGGUUAUGGAGACCACAGCCGUGGACCUGGGCGCCCUUCUGGACGCAGGGGACGGCGCAGUCGUCAUACUGGUGGCGGGCGGCACCCGUCUCGUGGCGCACAGGGCCGUGUUGGCCGAUAGAAGUCCCGUGUUUGGCGGCAUGUUUCGCCACGACACACUGGAAGCCAACACCGGUGAGGUCGCAGUCCCGGACGUGGAGGGCCCGGUGCUGCGCCAGCUGGUCGCCUACCUCUACACCCUCCAGGCCCCUCAGCUGCCCAGCCUGGCCCCCCAGCUGCUGGCAGCCGCUGAUAAAUACGGCGUGUCGGCCCCGAAGGCUCGGUGCGAGCAGCUCGUGGCCGCUCAGCUGUCCGUCGAGACUGCGGCGGCCACAGCUGUUCUGGCGAUCAGGCACUCCUGCACCAGCCUCAGGCAGGCCGCCGUUAACUUUAUAAAGGCCAACGUCGCCCAGAUUAUGACCACGCGGGGCUGGGCUGACGCAGUGCGCACUCAGCCAGAAGAAGUGGUCACACUGAGUCACCUGCUCGCGAGUUCUCCAGCAGAAGCCAGCACGUCGGCCUCUGCAGACAGCAGUCUGAGCCCCGGCAGUGGGCCGCAGCGAGACCGCAGCUGGACCCCUGACACUUCUGCACCGCCCACGACUGCCUGCACCACUCCUCCGCCAGAUGACUCUGCCGUCUCUCGCCUGCGGAGCCUGCCUGAAAAGGAGAAGAACAGCAGACUGAUUCAGGCAGCGAAGGAGGAUUCAGUCAGUGAGCUGCAGACGCUGCUGGCAGCUGGUGCGGACGUGGGGGCGAGAGAUGAGAGCGAGGACAGGUACACCGCCCUCCACUGGACAGCAAAAAAGGGGCAUGUGAAGGCAGCGAGGUGCCUGGUGGAGGGUGGAGCAGAGGUGGAAGCCAGGAGCAGCGACUGGCAGAGCACACCCCUGCACAAGGCUGCAGGUAAUGGCCACGAGGCUGUGGGGCGGCUGCUGCUGGAGGCAGGGGCGGAGGCUGAUGCCAGGAACAAAAUGCAGAGCACGCCCCUGCUGAUGGCUGCAUAUCAUGGCCACGAGGCUGUGGUGCGACUGCUGCUGGCGGCCACUCCUUACCACAACACCAGGAAUCAGUGGGGGCGAACGCCGCUGCACUAUGCGGCUCUGAACGGCCACGCAGAAGUGGCAGCUGCACUGCUCGAGGCAGGGGCUGACCGCUGGGCAAGGAAUAACGAGGGGAAAACACCACUGGACCUUGCCAGACAGAACAACCACCAGCAGCUGAUAGACAUACUAAAGUUAAGCUAG